CCUUCUGCCUACGAUGCUCGUUACCCACGUGAAGAUGCGUUGACGAGGAUGUACGCCACCGCCGGAAGACGACGUCAAGCAGGUUGGUACGACCACGACGACGACGUGCCCAGCCCUUCGUUCCUUGUUGACGGUCGAUGA